AUGACCACCGCAAACCUCCUCAGCCCACCAUCCUUCAUCCCUCCGUCGACUGCGCUCGCCCUCUCGCAAAAGGCGCCGCUAAUCCUCGCCAAUUCUCCCAUCUCGUCUCUCCCAUGGCCACUCUCACUGCUCUUCUCGCGCGAGACGCCCGAAUCUUGGGCUAUCCACGAGAACCUCUUCUUCUCAGCCCUGCGAACGGGCGACGAGAAGGCUGCGCAACAGAUUCUUGAACGCCUCGAGUCACGGUUUGGCGAACAGAAUGAGCGCAUUAUCACACUACGGGGGAUAUACAACGAGGCCACUGCGCAAACAGAUGCCGACCUAGAGAAGGUGUUUGACGGCUACGAGAAGAUUUUGCGCGAGGACCCAACAAACAUGAGCAUUCGAAAGCGACGGGUGGCUGUGCUCAAGAGCAUGGGACGGACCGCAGAUGCCAUCACAGCCGUGACAGUGCUCCUGCAGAACUCGCCCACAGAUAACGAGGCUUGGGCUGAAGCGUCAGAGCUGUAUGCCAGCCAGGCUGCAUGGGGUCAGGCCAUAUACUGUGCCGAGGAGGUGCUCCUGACUGCGCCCACAAGCUGGACUGCUCACGCACACGUUGCUACACUGCACUACCUGUCCACCGCGUCCAACAACCCACCGUCAUUGAGCGAGCUCUCCCUAGCGCUGAAGCACUUCUGCCGUGCGGCGGAAUUGAACGAGAGCUACCUGCGAGGGUUCUACGGCAUCAAGACGGUAGCCUCGAAGCUCCUGCCUCUGCUCUCCGACACACAGGCCUCGUCUAGGAAGCGAGGUGAACAGGACGAUGAGGAUGUGCCGAUACCAACACUGACAAGUGUACAAAAGCUGGAUGAGCUUGCGACGAAGAAGCUAGGAGAGUUCAUCCGGGAUUUUGGGAGUAAGAAGAAGGGACAGUCUGGCUAUGACGAGGCAGAAAUCAUCGCGGCGAAGGAAUUGCUGAAACAGUAA